CCCAGCUGCGCGCUCUAGUCCCUCCGAACGCGGCGGGGUGAGCGUCCCGCCGGGGCCUCGGCUUCCUCUGGAAGCACAGAGUUAGAAAGGGAAGAUAAAAGACUGAUUCAUGAGGAAUCUGAUCAUUAAGAAGAUUAUGUCAAGCCACUGGCAGAAUUUUUAUCAGAAGGGCAUUAAGCAGAACAUGGAGAAGAAGGUUGACUCCAGGUCUUUCAGAGGUGGUGCAGUUAAGAAACCUUACUCUCCAAAAAUACUAUCCAACAAGAAGCCUUCUGCCUUCUCUGGAACCCCUAAUGCCCAUCAUCCAGUGCAGCAUCAUGCCCCACAUGCUUGGACCCGAAGGGGCCGGCUAAGAGAACUGCGUAUCAGAUGUGUGGCCAGAAAAUUCUUGUAUUUGUGGAUUCGAAUAACUUUUGGAAGAGUAUGUCCUUCUAAAGCCAGGUUUUACUAUGAACAAAGAGUACUACGAAGAAUCUUUGAAGAAUGGAAAGAAGAGUGGUGGGUUUCCCAUCGAGAAUGGAAACUCUGCAUUAGAGCUGACUGUCACUACAGAUAUUCCUUAUACAACCUGAUGUUCCAAGCCUGGAAAUCCUACGUGCAUGCACAGCACGAGAUGAGGAGCAAGUACCUGAGAGCUGAGAAUCAUGAUGGAAAGCAAAAGAUGCGGCGGGCCUGGAAGUCUUGGCUGAUAUACGUGGUUUUCCGUAGGACCAAAUGUCAGAUGCACACAACUGCCCUGGAGUUUAGGCAGCGGAGUAUUAUGUGGGUAUGUUGGCGCGAGUGGAAGUGGGGAUUGGAACAGCUUCGUGUGCGCAGUGCCCUCCAUGCCUCGGCCGUGAAGCACUGGGCCCUGAGCCUCCAGCUGCAGGCUUGGUCACAGUGGCAGGAACAGCUCCUGCAUGUCUGGAGGGAGAGACGGAAGAUGGUCUCUGCAGCAAGACAUCACCAGCACUGGCAGAAGUGGAAAUUCCUGAAGGCCUGGCUUCAGUACCUCCAGGUCCGCAGAGUUAAGAGACAGCAGCAUGAGAUGGCUGAGCGAUUCCACCAUGCCACUGUGCUGCAGACACAUUUCUGUGAUUGGCAGCGGGCCAGGGAGCAGAGGGAGCUCCUGCACACUCACCGAGCCCUGGUGGGAGCAGUGGCCAGGAGGAUGGCGCUGAGGCGAGCCUUCGCCCACUGGAAACACUACGUGUUGCUGUGUGCAGAAGCAGCUGCCCAGUGGAAGGUGGCGGAAGAACACCACAGGUGCGGCCUGCUGCGCUUUUGCUUCAGAGCAUUGAAAGACCACACGGCCCGUGCCCAUCUUCAGCGCAUAAGGAGCAAUCUCGCCCACCAGCAACACGACGCCUUGCUGUUGCGUAGGUUCUGGAACCUCUGGAAGUCUCGGAUUGAGCAGAGGGAGGAGACAGAGCAGCUCCCCUUACUGCAUGCGGCCUGGAACCACUGCAGAAUAACGCUGCUACGCAAGUGUGUCCAGUUGUGGUUGCAGUGUUUGCAGAAGCGGCGACACAAGCAGCUGUUGCAGGCCAGGGCAGACGAUCAUUUCCAGCAGAGAGCCCUGCCUGUAGCCUUCCGGGCAUGGAAAGCAUCCUGGCAGUGGAGCCAGCAGGAAAGCGCCCGUGACGCGAGAGCAGCACGCUUCCACAGGGAAAUGGUAGAAAAGCAAGUACUUGCUAUUUGGUGGCAGAAGACGUUUCAAUGUCAAGAAAACCGCUUGGCAGAGAGAAUGGCCAUCCUUCAUGCAGAACGGCAGCUUCUACGAAGGUCCUGGUCCACGUGGUGCCAGCAGACGACCGCACAUCGCCGGGAGAGGCUGUGGCAAGCAGCGGCCUGUGCCCACCACCGCCGCGGGCGGCUCAGGAGGGCUUUCUGUGUCUGGAGGGAAAGUGCCAGAGGGCGCAGGACAGAGAGGCUGGGCAGUGUGCUGGCCGCGGAUUUCCACUCAGCACGGCUCCGGCGUGGGACCUGGAACAGGUGGCGGGAGGUGAGGCUCAGCACAGCCCCCCGCUGUGGCCGGAGGAGCCACGCGUCGGUGACUCAGCGCCAUAUGGCUCCUCCAUGGUCGCUCGGAAACACCUGCUCUGAGGCCAGCCCGAGGCUGAGCUGCCUCCUGCGUGGGCCCCGCCCUCAGUGGGGGAACCUCUCCUCGCUUGGUGUCUGGCCUGCGAGCGCCAAGUGGCAGAAGCUCAUGCCAGCCGACCCGCCUCAGCACGCCUUGCUGCACAGGGCGCAAUUCAGCAAGGCUCCAGCAGAGCCGAUGCCCAAACGCACCUCAGGCCUGCCUGGACACAGGAGAGGUGCCGGCCUGUGUCGCUUCCAGUCUGCCUGUCUCCUGCAGCGUUACCAGAGCAGAGUGCGGCGCAUCCUACAAGAGGUGGCGGCGAGGGAGAGCGCGUGCAGGAGACAGCUGCUGCGGAAGGUGCUGCGUCGCUGGAGAGAGAACACCAUUGCUCGUGUAGAGGAGGCAAAGAAAACCUCUCAAGCCAGAGCUCACUACAGCAGGGCCUUAUGUUCCCAGGUUCUUGUCCAGUGGCGGGAGACCGUGUCAGUGCAGAUAUACUACAGACAGCAGGAGGACUGUGCCAUCAGGGAGGCCCGGAGCGUGCUGGAGAGGGGCUCUCUCAGGACCUGGUUUCGGCGCUGGCUGGCCCGCGGCCAGAGGGUGGCCCGGCAGCGGGAGCAGCUGGAGAAGGCAUCGCUGCACCACCGCCGGACACUGCUGCUGGCAGCCCUGGCCCGGUGGAAGGCCUACUGCCUGGACCGCGUCAGGAGGAAGCUCCUGCAGAGGCUGGGCACCCAGCUCCGGGCCCGGGCACUCCGCCGCUCCUGCUUCUGUCAGUGGAAGCUGCAGCUGCUGAACAGGCGGCGGGAGCAGCAGGGCACAGCGCGGGCCUUGUGGUUCUGGUCCUUCUGUCUGCAGGCGAAGGUGUGGGCCGCAUGGCUGGACUUUGUGUCGGAGAGGAGGAGAAAGAAGGCGCGGCUGGAGCACGCGGCACAGGCCUACCGCCAGCAGCUGCUCCGGGAGGGCGUCGCGCGCCUCCUGCGCUUCGCAGCGGGCAUGAAGGCCUUCCGGCAGCAGCUGCACGCCCAGCAGCAGGUCCAGGCGGCCCGCAGCCUGCACCGAGCAGUCCAUCGCUGCGCCACGCUCUGGAAACAGAAAGCACUAGGCCCAGGCAAGAAGCCGCAGCCUCCCGGGGCCACAGGCCCCAGCAGGAGAGGAACCUUCCAGGAUGCCCCACUGAGUGGCGCUGCUGCUGCUGGGGGUGCCCCCCUGGAGACCAAGGGGCCAAAGGCUGCUCCUGGGCCUUGGGGAGCGCUGGGCAGCCUGACCCUGGCAGCGGGGAACCCUCUGCUUCUGGAGCUCAGUGCCCCCCGCUCUUCGAGGAAGCAGCCUCGAUGCCCACACUUCCUGCUUGAGCCCAUGCAGAGUCUGAGGCCCCUGGAGUAUGGAGUGUUCGGGGGACAGGGGCCUGAGAAGCGUCAGGUGCAUGGCCUAGGCCCUUCCUGGUCAGGGCCCAUCCCGGCAGAGAUGCAGGCGGCACCAACCCCAAGCAGCCCCCUGCCCCAGCUCGGGCUCCUGCCAAGCCUCCCUGACCCGAAGGUGUUCCCCACUGCCAGUGCAGGCCCUGAGCUGCUGCCCCCUUCCUGCUUCAUGCCCCGUGGGAAGGACGCACCUGCCAGGGUUUCAGUGCAGCCAACCACCCCUGAACUUGUGCCUCAGGCCUCCCCAUCCCUGGUCAGUGCCCGCAACCCCAAUCUGCUCCUUCCUGGGGACUUCACAGGCACCAGGCCUGGCUCUGCUGGUGUGGUUCUGAGACCUCACAGCAUUGUGCGUGCACAGGCUGCUCCCAGCACCUGGGAAACCUCCAUUCAACCUGGGCCUGGGAGGCAAGGUCAAGAUCAGGUUCAUUCUCCAGUUGCCACCAGCCACACUGACCUGGAAGCUGAGCUUGAGGGAAUCCAGCAGCAGCUGCAGCACUGCCAGACCACGAAGCAGAACCUCUGGUCCUGCCAGCGUCAAGCGCGCUGCCUGCGCAGGUGGCUAGAGCUGAGCCGGGAGGAGCCCAGGCCCGAGGCAAGGGCGGCAGAGCAGCUAGUGGAGGAGGAGCUACAGCAGGUGGAACUGCAGAUCCAGCAGCUGGCCACUGAGCUCCAGGCCCAGCGCCAGCCCAUCAGGGCCUGCAUCGCCCGCGUCCAGGCCCUGCGGCAGGCUCUGGGCUAGAGGUGAGGCCCCGG